AUGACUUUCGUAACUACGCUUUAUAAUUCCGUUUUACGGAGAACAUCUACAUUUAUUCUUGCUAUGGUUGUUACAGCCUACGCUUUUGAUAGAGUCGUAGACGAAGGAGGCGAGGCAAUAUGGCGAUACCACAAUAGAGGAGUAAGUAAAAAGACUGCGAAAAUAAUGGUGUCUAUGAUUUCCCAACUUCACUUUCAGUCGAUGUCGUUCACUUGA